UCAGGAAGAUGUGCACCAUAAGAUAGCUGAAGGAUCUGCUAGAAUAGGACCAACUUUAACACUAAACACUCUGGUGGAAGUACUGGUCAUUCAGAUUGGAACGUAUUCAGGUUAGCGAGGUCGUUUUGAACAUAAUCAUUGAUCACAAAUGUAGCUAAAUAAUACUCACACCAAAAUUACUAUAAUUCAAGUCUAGAUUAAUUGACACAUGAUCAGCUGAGCCUAGCUUAAUUGACACAUUGAUCAGCUGAUGAUCAGCUAACAUGGUAAAUUUUUAUAUUUACAGGUGUCAAGUCAAUUGAAAUUUUGUGCAUAUUAGGAGUAGUUGCUGUUAUAGUAAAUUAUCUUGUCUCAAUAAGUUUUGUGCCUGCUGCCUUGUCACUUUAUGCUGAGGUAAGACGUUUUAUAAUAAAAAUAUACCCCUGUGAAUACUAUAAUUUCUCAAUUUCAGUAGACCGGAUUUUGGUGGAAAUUGUGGGACAAAAGGGAAAAAAAAUUUAGGGCAGGUGCAGCAGUCAAGCUUACAGCCCCUAUGGAAUGUUAGGGCUUACUGUAUAACAUACCCCCUAAAGUCAACUAUGUGAUGUAUGCAUGUACUGUACAUAUGUAUCAGUAUAUUUAUGAAUUGUGAUUGUACGACUCCUCCAGUUUUGCCCUUCAUUACAUUACUACAAAGUUUGUUACGAAACAUUCCAGUAAAAGGGUACUUGACACAGAGAUGAAUAGCUAAGCUUCACUGUUUCUAUUUUACAGAAAAACUUUCUUACAAAGAGUAGAUCUUAAGCAACACAUAAAGCCCGCACUUGAUUACACAUUUCCAGUUCACUUCUUAUAUACAUUAUUCUGAUUCUCCAUUUAAAGUGUGACUAACCCCAAAUAUAAUUUUUUGUAUGUGUAAUAUUUGGAUCAUUCUGAGAAGAAAUGUUUAAAAUAAGUAAAAAAGCUUAUCUUGAUCAACUUUUUCACCCUCAAAGUUCCAGAUAUGAUUGAUGUCAUUAAGUUAAUUUUUUGUACAAAAAACAAAGGGAAACUAAUUUGCAAUUCACCUAAUGCAUGACAUCAUAUCCGGAAAGUUUGACAGUGAAAAAGUUGAUCAAGAUGGGAUUUUUAUUAUAAAGUUAUAUUACAUUUCUUCUUCAAAUGACCCAAAUAUUACACAUAGAUUACGAAAAAUCAUAUCAAUGGCUAGUCGCACUGUAACAUACGAGCCUCCAGUACAUUUUGAUUUACGUUGGACAAAAAGUUACAGUUAGGUCGGACACCACCAAUACACACUCGUGUCGGACAAACAAUAAACCUCAGUUUAACUUAGGUCGGACAGAAUGUCCAGUGGUUUUCUCUCUCCGUCGGACAAUUUCACAUAUGGGGUCGGACCAGAGACCACAGAAUCAUUUCGAAAGUGGAGGGGCAUUGGCCAAAACGUUUGUAUAUGACCAAAAUCAAAUGAUUUUAUGUCCUUCACGAGCCGAACGAAAAUUUUUGAAAAUAUGGAGUCUCUAUAACGUCGGAAAUGGCCUUUACAGCGUCUUUACUACUGCAAAAAGGGCACUUUCUUUCCAGCAAAAGAGGGCGUUCAUUCAAGAAAUACUUUUUUCGUUCUUUAAAUGGGGAGGUGUUAGAAAUCUCAGGGGAGGUGCCCACCUCCUCACAAAAUCCGGUCAUCCUCUUUAGAUAGCAUGGCUCUAUGCCAGAAAUUGCAUCGCAAGUUGCAGCAAAAAUUGCCUCGUGAUAUUAACAUAUAUAUUUUGUUUUCAACUGUAGUUAAGUCAUGUUGAUGGUAGUACUAGAGAAGGUCAGAAUCUAGAAGAGGAUAUCAAUGAAACUGGCCAUGUGUCCAACCCUGUUGUACAGCAAGUGAAAAUGAUCAUGGUGAGUUUAGGGGUGCACCGGAACUCGGUUCCGGCCGGAACCCCGAUUGUUCAGAGUUCCUGUUCCGGCUGGAACUAAUAUAAAAAGCAUGGCCGGAACCGGAACUCUGUCGCUUUCAGAGAGAUAGAAUAUCAAACGUUUUUGUGUCUAAUAAAAGUUCACAGUAGGAAGAAAUUUGGACUACGCAAGGAAAAUGUACACCAUUAUGAUGUUUAACGUUUGUCAAUCUUUUUAUUCUAACAUUUGCGAGCUCUCUCCUUGAUGACUUGAAGUGUCUGCCUGUCUGGCAGCAGACAAAGUAACAUCUGACUAUAUAUGGCUUAAUAAAUCAGUUCCGGUUCCGGCCGGAACUUUUUUCCAGUUCCGGUCGGAUCCGGUUCUGGCCGGAACUUAAAAAAAUCGGUUCCGGUGCACCCCUAGGUGAGUUGAAGUUGUUGACGAGCAGCGACUGUAGUUUUGUGUGAGAUUUGUAGUGACGUUCCAGAAAGAAAAUGGAAAAUCCAGCUCAUCUCAUAGAGCGUCGUUCAUGUGAUAGAUAGAUUUAGAAAACACGACCCGACGUCUAAGACGACGUGUCCUGGACUUCAUGUUUGUCUUUUUCGAAGCAAAUUUUUAUUUUCUUGUCUCUUGGAGCAAUUAGUCUAUAUUGUAUAUAAAUUAAGUGAUAAUUGUAAUCACUAUUUUCCCGUUAAUAUCAGCAGCAUUGCUGAUGGGAUUUUUAACAGUUUAAAUAAAGUCUUUAUUAUUAUUAAUAUUAUUGUUUUUACAUUCUGUAUUUUGUAGUCUUUGGGUCUUGCAAUGGUUCAUGUUCACCUUUAUAUGUCGUGUCUAAAACAGAAAACCAGCUUAAUAUUAGGAAACUUCUCCUCAGACAAUUUCUUUGGGUAAGUAUUAUAAAUGACUGGAAAGUCCUUGAAAAUCAGUAGAAGUCCUUGAAAGUCCUGGAAUUAAUCUCCUUAACCUCUAGCUGUGCCAACAUUAGUGAUUUUGAUUAAAAUUACUGAAUAAAGUGAAUUAUUUACGGCAAAUCCGUGCCAUUUUCAAAGACUUUUCCCAGUUCUAGAUCCUUGAAUUUACUGCAGAAAAAGGGCCUUGUAAGUCCUGGAAAAGUCCUUGAAUUUCACCUUCACCAAAGGGUAGACACCCUGAUAAAUAGAAAACUGUAUUUUAUUUAAGAGGAGAUUUUUUUGUAUGUUACGUAACACGCGCUCAAAACUAAUGCGAAUAAUAUACCACUUGAGGUUAUGACUAAAUUCAAAAUUUUUAUUUUUCGAUACGUUUCUCAAUCGGCAAACAAACUUAAAAAGUAUGUUUAGUGCUUUAUCUGUAAAAUAAUGCUAAAAUGACGAGAUUUUAGAUGAUACGCCAAAGAGAAAAUGAUGUCUGAAGUUCAGUAAGUUUUGCUUAUAUGGCUAUAAAUAUGGCGUGAAUUUUAAAGCGUCAUUGAUAAUUGUAUUUUCAUUGACAAUUUUUAAUUAUUAUUUUAUGUUUCUCAACCGGCAGAUGCAUUUAAAAAGGUUGCUAACUCUAUAAACUAGAGAAUAAAGCUAAAACAAAGUAAUUUUGAGAGGAACGCCAAGAAGAUUUUAGGUUUUGAACACUUUUCAUUGCAAAUACGUGACAUUGAAAAAAAUUGCCUCUUAAUCGGUAAAAAAAUGUAUCCCCCUCGGUAAUCUGACGUUCGUGUUGAGGAAAACGUCGUUUGGUUACCAGGCUCCUUAUUGAGUAAUAAAAAAACCUUUUAUUUUUUGCAACUAGGCUUCCUAACAUGUCCACGGAACAGGUACGUGUCAUCUUUUAUCUUCAUUUGGUUCAGAAUGUGUCGAAUAUUUAACAGUUAUUCGGCGAACUCGAGUCGUAUAUAAUGAGCUGAUAUAUACAACUAUACUGCAUUCACAGACUCAUCUGUGUGGCAAUAUUUUGACAAUGGAUGAUUCCGGGUAAAGACUAAAUUUUGAUCUAGGCAAGAAGAACAAAAUCCAUCACCACAGCUAGAAAGAGCAUGUUAAAAUCAGUGAAAUUGCAAAGUUUGGUUGCGAAAUGUUGUAAAAUGAGGAAAAUAUAGCCCUGCGAAAUUUGCAAAUUUUGUAUUGAUUUGUAUUAUACGCACGGGAAAAUGUACCACUUUCGGCCCUUAUGUUUUCUACAGGAUAUGAGCUAAUAUCCUGCUAGUAAAGAGCCAAUCAAAUUGCAGAAUACUCGGUAGUUGUCUAUAUAAUAAUUUAUAAUUACUGUAUAAUUGGCAAGGGUGGGUUGACUACAAAAUUUUUGUAGUUCGCUAUAACUACAGCUACUUCAAAAAUAUGUAAUCAGCUACAACUACUGCUACUUUUGAACAAAGGUAGUUCGCUACUGACUACAGCUACUGCUUAAAAAAUGUAGCGAACUAUUUCGCUACGCUAUAUUUUUUAGUUUUACUGUAUUUGGAGCAUCUAUAUACUAACUCUGACUGUAAUGUAACCUAUAACAAAUCGACUUACGAGUAGCAACAGUAAACACAAAGCAACAUUUUUGUAAGCACUACAGUGUUCAGGAGUGCAAAUUGACUAUUGAGUAUCGAUAUUAAGCAAACCGUGUCUCAAUAUAAUGCUAUUCUAUCAAGUUAACAAUUUUUAAAAGUAGCGAAUAGCGAUUUGCUCUUUGAAAAGUAGUCAACUACUUGGCUACUUUUAGGCAAAAUGUAGUUCGCUAUAACUACAGCUACUGUUUUAAAAAUGUAGUCAAAAACUACUGGCUACUUGAAAAUUGUAGUUCGCUACAGUAGCGAACUACAACUACUUCGCUACUACCCACCCUUGAUAAUUUGCAUGUCUUCUUUUAGGUUGUUACUGUGACCUUGGCGCUAAUUUUUGCCGCAAAAUACAUCUUCGAUAAUGACUACGUCCGCACCAGGACAAGAACAAUGAAUGGUACUAUACCUAAUGGUACUUUGAUUAAUGGUGAUUUGAAGAAUGCUACCGUAGCUAAUGGUCAUGCCCAGAAUGGUUCUGUGGGUAAUGGUCAUCUCCAGAAUGGUGCGGUGAGUAAUGGUGGUUAUGGUAAAAUGAAUGGUGAAGUCUCAGCAGCCAGUGAAGUUGAUGGUAUUACCAUUGCAAGAAAAGCAUUGUUUCAUAUUGGCGAAGGCUUACAAGAAAAGGUCACUGCUCUCGUGAACUCUGCAACAAUGGCUGCCAAGUCCGCGACAAAUGACAAUGUACGUAAUUUUUAGGUGUUUUAUUUUAUUUUAAUACUUGUUUGCCACAGACAAGGGUUAGUGCCACAGAUUUCAGUAAAGUAAAUGGAUUUCAGCUACAGACUAAAUUUUGAUCUAGGCUAGAAGUACAAAAUCCAUCACCGCAGCUUGAAAGAGCAUGUUAAAAUUAGUAAAAUUGCAAAGUUUGGUUGCGAAAUGUUGUAAAAUGCACAAAAUAUAGCCCUGCGAAAUUUGUAAAUUUUGUAGUAAUUUGUAUUACACGCGGGAAAAUGCACCACAUUUGGGCCAUUGCGAUGGAUGAGUGAAUAGAAAUCGAGCCAGUGUAGUCCGUUAUUUUCAUUAUCUGCCAACAACGGAAAGUGUCUAUAGGGUGACAAUUUGUAUUUUAGUCAAAUCUCGAUGACGACACUGAUGAGGAGAUUCUGAAGAAAAUUGAGUCGAGAGUCGUUGCUGUGCAUCAGCUGGAGAAAAAAUUAACCGACUUGACUCGAGCUGUGAAAAUAAGGUAACGCAUGAAAAGUGUUGCUAAAUUGUAUACAGUUAUGGUGAAAGGAUGAUUUUGUUUUGAACACAGGUGAAUUUCACACAUAUGUGAAUUAAACAAGUCAUAAUUAUUAGCACUGAUGCAGAUCGGGUUGACGGAUCGAAAGCUCUGCACUUAAUAAAUUUACGUGGUGUUUCAAACUCUUCAAAAACAUCAAAAUUUUUUUCCGACGGAAAAUUUGUGUCGGCCAAUCACAUUUUAGAAAUUUUUCUUUGUGCCGAAAAUUUUCCUGAGUGGAAAUGGGCCUUUAGAUUGAACCAAAACCAUGAAUUGUUGUUUUGAACUCAGGUAAACUUUCAUUCUGUUGUCAUUACAGGAGAAUGGUGGUGGAGAAGAAACUGAAAAAUGGCGGCGAGCUAAAUAACCUGCCCUAUGAUUCAUACGACUAUUCCAAGGUUAGAUUUCACUUAAUCGGAAUUUCAACCAAUAUUACUAUUACUACCACUGGUGCUUUUUCUCGGAUUCCAUGUUCGAAACCUACCGUGGGGUGCAGGGGGGGGGGGGGGCGCUCCCCACCUAGUGAUGUCUAGCACCCCCACUCCCCACCCCUAAAGAAGUCCAGCACCACCCUAAAAAAUCUGCUUGACCAUACAUUGUCUGCUUUUCGAAUAGCGACUAGCGGAACUUCUACUGUUAGCGCGAGUCGAUUACUUGAAACGAUUUAAUUGAUAUGUGCGCUCACGAGAAAUACUCAGAAUGCUUUGGUUAAAUAUCAUGGCUAAUUAAAUAUGUAAACAUGUCAAGGUUGUUAUACAGCCAUAUUUUCAAAUAUACUGUACUUAAGAAGCUGUGCUAAUGUUAUAACGUUAAUGUAAAACGUAACAGGAAAAAAUAGGAAACUCUGAAAUAACGUUUGUCCUGGGCUUAUUUCUCAUUCAAUAUUUCUUGAAGGUGAUCGGUUCGUGUUGUGAGAAUGUCAUUGGUUACAUGCCUCUCCCAGUGGGCGUGGCUGGACCAUUAUUGUUAGAUGGUCAGAUCUAUCACGUUCCCAUGGCAACAGUUGAAGGAUGUCUUGUCGCCAGUACCAACAGAGGAUGCAGAGCUUUAGCGGUAGGCGAUUCUCCUUUGGGGAAAUAUAUCAUCGCCCAUUAUCUUUUGUCCUUAGUACGAGUUACUUAGGACUAACCCCAAAUAUGAUUUUUUGUAUGUGUAAUACUUGGGUCAUUCGAAGAAGAAAUGUAAUGUAUCUUUAUAAUAAAAAAUCCCAUUUGAUCAUUUGAUCAACUUUCACUGUCAAAGUUUGCGCAUAUGAUGUUUAAGAAUAAGUUCAAGUUUGGCUUUUCCGUCUCCAUUAAUAAAGUGCGACUACUGUAACCACAAAUACGAUUUUUUGGUAUGUGUAAUAUUUGAGUCAUUUGAAGAAGAAAAUUAAUGUAAAUAUAUCUUUAUAAUAAAAAAUCCCAUCUCGAUCGACUCUUUCACUGUCAAAGUUUACGCAUAUGAUGUCAUUAGAUGAAUUGCAAAUUAGUUUUCCUUUGUUUUUUGUAUAAAAAUUUCACGUAAUGACAUCAUAUCCGGAAACUUUGACAUUGAAAAAGUGAAAAACAACUCAAAAAAGUCUAAACAUAUUAAGGCCAAAAUAGCUUUUAAGCCCAGUUCAAAAGCUACUGAAACAGGACAGUCUGAGUCGUACGCCAGUUGGAGUUUGGUUCAUUUGGUGAUCCCUAGACCUCAUACCUAUCUAUGUGAUUUAAGUUAUUUUUAUCCGGCUUUUUCUGUAGUCGAGCGAUGGUGUGCGGAGCCGUGUACUCGCUGAUGGUAUGACCCGUGGUCCAGCUGUUAGAUUCCCCUCGGCAUUGCAAGCAAGGUACAAACUUACUGAAACAAUUAAUAUUUUUAUUUAAUCAUGAUGUGCUAUUUAAAACAUGAGCAGCAGUGUUUAUCAGAUAUAAAGAUACGAGGGGAAGCCGAGUAUCUUUAGAUUUGAUAAAACACACACUGCGAAAAAACGAUCGAUCUAGUAAGUUCAUUGGUGAAGUAAUUUUCAAAAACUACGUUGUGUGAGUCGAGAAAAUCAAGGUUAAAGUUUAUGUAAAUCAAGGGAAAUCUCAAUCACAUAUCAGAUACGACACGCUUUUUUUCAUUUUCCUCAUGAAUUAUUAAUGAGUUUUUGAAAUCAGUUUAAAUAUGAGUUAAAACUUGAAAUAUACCACAUCUAGUUGACUCCAAAAUGAUCUCAUUCUGCUGCCGAUAUUUAACAAUUGCUCACCUCAGUCUCGGUGAAUAGUGCAAAACAACGAAAAUUUAAAACAAUUUGUGUUACAGCUCCCGUACGAUAAUAGUUGUAAACAGUAUUUCUGUAUAUAUUUACAAGUUUAUUAGUAAUUUUAUUCAAUUAGAAAUAGUUUUAAAGAAUACCUAUGCACACUGUUAAACAAAAAAUUGUGGCUUUUUUAUGUUUGCCGAAACCGUAGCUUCCCACUCAUCUGUAUUCGGAACAAAACAGGAAGCCAUUUUGUUUUUGUCCGGAGCUGAGCAACCAAUUAAAUUGCGUGAAAAGCACUAUAGCACAUACCGAGUAUAUGCUAAUAUGUAGUUCUAUUUUCCAGCGAUUUAAAGGAAUGGCUCAGUGACGAAGAUAAUUUUGAAGGCGUGAAGAAAACGUUUGAUUCCACAAGUCGGUCAGUCUUAGAACAACUGUCUAUAUUAUUUUUUGUGUAAGUUGAUUGUUGUACUAACAAGAUUACAUCAAUUUAUCUAGGUUUGCGAGAUUAAAGAAGAUCCAAUGCGCCAUCGCUGGUCGUCUGAUGUUUCUCCGUUUUCAAGCAACAACUGGGGAUGCAAUGGGAAUGAACAUGAUAUCAAAGGUAUACAACAUAUGUACACAGACGUCUCUCAGCGCCAUCAAAAGUCCCAUGGAAAAUUUGGAAACCAGUGGGGGUGGGGUCGUCUUUGAGGGUGUUCCUCUGUGAUUUUUACCUCGACUGUCGUGGUUUGAUUCUUGUAAUGUUCAGAUAUAAUAAUUAGUCUCAGUCUCAUGUGUGAAGAAUUGUUGGAUGGACCUUACUUAACCUCUAGGGAGAACAGUUUAGAAUACCCAGUAUAAAUAAAGUUAGUUUAGUGUAGGUUUCCUUCAGUAGUUGCACUGCACGACAGAAUCUCUAGGAAGAACAGUUUAGAUCCGAUAGAGCUAUCUGGUAUAAAUAAAGUUAGUUUAUGUCAGGUUUCCAACACUGUUUCCAACACUGGAUAUGUUUCCAUUACGGGAUCGUUCUUAUUGAAUCUCUAGGAAGAACAGUUUAAGAACCGAUAGAGCUAUCUUGUGUAUAUAAAUGAAGUUAGAUUCUAUGAUGUGUUUCAGGGAACUGAGCGUGCCUUGGCUUAUCUACAAGAUCAUUUUCCAGAAAUGGAAAUCAUCAGUAUCAGUGGAAAUUACUGUACAGAUAAGAAAGCUGCAGCUAUCAAUUGGAUCGAAGGAAGGGGCAAAUCUGUUGUAUGUGAAGCUAUCAUACCCGCUAAUGUCGUUACUAAGGUAGGUUAAACAGACUGGUAGGCAGAGCCAACAAAGUCUAUCAAUAAGUUCUUUGUAUGUUUGCAUGGCGAUAAAAUAUAUAAUAUUUUUGUUUGUGGAAACUCCACGUGAAUUUAUUACCGCAAAGCUUUCGAUCCGUAAGCCCGGAAAUUAAACAAGUCGCAUAUUAUUAGCACUGAUGAAGAUCCGGGCUUACGGAUCGAAAGCUUUGCAGUAAUAAAUUUACGUGGUGUUUCCACAAACAAAACUAUUAUAAAGUCUAUCAAGAUAUGAUGAUCUGGAGCCCGGCAAACAUCAAAGCCACAAAAUAGAAGACUUUUGUUUCUGGGCUCGAAUUAACGGGUUGCCAAUGGCCAAAAGCAGGCCAUAUUUUAGAAAUGGCAGGCAAAAACAAAUUUGAACUGCCAAGUAAAAAAAAAUUCUAUAAAUAUACUGUAUUUCAUUUCAUUUACUCACCACAACUCAUAUAUACUAGAUCAUUUAGUUGACUAAAUACGUUUAUAUUUGGAAUGUAAAUCCAAGUUUACUGUACGUAAAAUAAAAAGUUUAAAAAUAAUAAAAAUGCACAUCAUGAUUUUUAUCAUCAUCAUGAAAACAUAAUUUUAGACUGGCAGGCCAUAUUUUUUCUCUACUUUGAGCCCUGAUUUGUUUGAUGUUGAACUGCAUCUCACCGUGCACAAAUCCUUUGUCUCAACUUCAUUAAAUAUUAUGAUCGUAUUUGCAUUACUUCACACUUCGAAAAUACAAUGAGCUCAAUCACUGUGUACAAAUCCUUUGUCUCAACUUCAUUAAAUAUUAUGAUCGUAUUUGCACUACUUCACACUUCGAAAAUACAAUGAGCUCAAUCACCGUGUACAAAUUAGCAUAAACCCAGAGAAAAACAUGAGACAAUGACUUCUGUUUCAUUUCCAGACCAUUAUUUCUUGGUAAACUGUGGAGCCAAGCACUCAAAAGUGCCAUCCAUGAUUCGUGUCAAAACGAACUCUUCUAUUAUUUUAACAAUAUUAUUGAUCCCCUGGCUCGGAUGCAUCGUGUGCUUACGACUUUAAAUAAUACAAUCAUCACAUUAUUGGUGAUUAUUUGGUGUAAUUUAACAGCACAAAAUGUAUGCAAUCUUUGUUUCCAGGUUCUGAAGACAACAGUGUCUGCUCUAGUCGAUGUGAACACCAACAAAAACCUUGUGGGAUCAGCAAUUGCAGGAUCGUUAGGUGGUUUUAAUGCGCAUGCUGCCAAUAUUGUGACCGCUGUGUUUUUGGCCACAGGACAGGUUAGUAACACUAAUAGACAAAUUGUCUGGUCAGCACAUACAGUGAGUGGCGCCGACAGGAUUUUUUUUUUUGGGGGGGUGACUUAAUAAUUUAUGAGUCACAAUCCAUGCUCCCCCGGGGAAAAAUUGAAUAUUGGGUUUCUGAAACGGUAUUUCCUUAAUCAUCUUUUAAGAGUGUCAAAUACAUAAAAAUAAUAGAUAGUCAAAGAUUGAUUUCAGAAUACUUGACAAUUUAAUACGAGACAUAAUCACAUAGAGCUUUAUAGAUGCGCGCGAUAUACCCAACACUGACCCAUGACAAUUUCCUCCCCUCCUCCCCAAAACUAUACACUCAAAAACAUUGGGGGGGAGAGUGUGGUCGCCCCACUUUCAGGUAUGAAGCAAAAUCUUUACAUUUUCUCGAAUGUUUCCCCCCAGGAUGCAGCACAGAAUAUUGGCAGUAGUCAGUGCAUGACAUUAAUGGAGAAAUGUGGACCUACACAGGAAGACCUGUACAUGAGGUAAGCACGUCAUCACCUGUUUAAGAAUAAGUUUGGCUUUACAGUUUCCAUUUCCGUUCGAUUCAAGCAGUGAUGACGAAAUCCCAGUUGAAAUGAGCGGGCUGGCGCCAGGUCGCCAAUUGAGACCAAAUUUUUCAUCUGGCAACCAGAUAUUUGCUGAUGGUAGCCCUCGUGGCCACUGAGACUGUUUUUUUUAUGUUAUCUACCUUCACAACACCGAUAUAUAGGGAGGCCUGAUAUUAAAUAUGGCGACCAGAUCUUAUUCACUGGUCACUUGGGCGACUAAAAAAGAUUUAAAAAUUGCAACCCCUGCUUGUAUAUGAUUGUCUCUUCAUUUCUAUUUCAGCUGUACAAUGCCGUCUGUUGAGGUUGGAACCGUUGGAGGGGGUACAGUGUUACCACCCCAAGCUGCAUGCCUUGAGGUACGAUGAUUCCAUUACUUGUAUUGCCAUGAUUUGCAGAUUCAUUACACGCUUCAACGUA